CCUUUCUCUUGAUUUUGCCGUCGCUCACUCACUCACUCACUCAAACACUCACUCAAGCACAAAAACCCAACCAUGUCGAGCUCGCUUCGAACCGCACUGGCAACAAUCACGCAAGGCGGCGCUGCUGCAGCCAGCCUGGGCAAGGACAAGGCGGCGCAGUACAAGGGGUUGGUUGACCAAGCGUUCCAGCAAGCGGACGGCGCCCAGCUUCACGCCGACCUGUCCCUCCUGAUCGAGACGAUCACCGACGAUGCAGUGCCGAACGCGCUUUCCCGCCAACUCGUCACCGACAUUAUCAGCGGCCUCGUCGCCCUGGCUGACGGCCCAGCGGAGGCGGGCGGUGCAGCUGCAUCGUUGCGGCUGUCGCUCCACUUGCUCGACCGUCUCCAGCCUCGCUUGGUCUCCUUUGAGAACCAAGUCACCAACCUUCGCCAACACUUGGCCAGCCUCUACGAGCAACAAGAGUCCUGGGGCGAGGCGGCUUCGAUGCUGAUUGGCAUUCCCAUCGAAUCGAGCCAACGAGUCGUCUCGCCCGAGUUCAAGCUCGGCAUCUACCUCCGCAUCGCGCAGCUGUACCUGGAAGAUGACAACCCGGUUCAGGCCGAAGCGUUUGUCAACCGCGCUGCAAACCAUCUGUCGACCCGCGAUCAACUGCUGCAGCUCAAGUACAAGGUCUGCUAUGCUCGUAUCCUUGACAGCAAACGCAAGUUUAUCGAAGCCGCACAGCGCUACUACGAGCUCUCGUACUUUGUCAACGACGCCGAGCGCCUCUUCUCCCUGACCUGCGCUGUCAACUGCGUCGUCCUCGCCUCUGCUGGCCAACUGCGCUCCCGCAUGCUUGCCACCCUCUACAAAGAUGAGCGCUGCCAAAAAUUGCCCGUCUAUGAUAUUCUUCAAAAAAUGUACAUGGACUGGAUUAUCAAACGGCAUCAAGUUCAGGCUUUCGCAGAGACACUCCAGCCCCAUCACUUGGCCAAACUUGCUGACGGAACCUCAAUCCUCGACCGCGCCGUCAUCGAGCACAAUCUGCUUGCGGCCAGCAAACUUUACGACAACAUUACCUUUUCAGAGCUCGGCUCUCUGCUUGAGAUCCCACCAGCACGGGCGGAGAAGGUCGCUGCUCAAAUGAUUGCCGAAGGACGCAUGAAGGGUGCCAUUGAUCAGAUUGAUCAGUUGAUCCACUUCCAAGCAGACAAUCAAGCCAUCCAAAACUUCAACUCUCAAAUCGAGGAUACCUGCGUUCAAGUGAAUGGCAUCAUUGAGACCAUUGCCGCCAAGUACCCCGCGUUCACGCAACACCUUUAACGCUCGCGUGCCUUUUUAUCAGUUGUGUGCUCCUCGCACCUGCUGUGUGUGUGUAUGUGUGUUGAUUGAACGACAAGUUGAUGUGUGUCAAGCUUGCGCAACAUUCCAAAUGAUACCGUUUAUUUCUCAACGCUC